CUGAUAGGACGAGCUAACCGAACUGCAUUAAUGUUGUUGGAUUCUGGAAAUUUAGUGUUAAAAAAUAUCAUAAAAGGAGACAUUUUAUGGCAGAGCUUUGACACUCCAACCGAUACAUUUCUUCCUGGUAUGACGGUGAGCACCACUUUAACAUUGACAUCAUGGAAAAGCCCACAAGACCCUAGUGUCGGAGGGUUUCUGUUUAUGGCGGCGGAUCCGUUAACUAACAACACGUACGAUAUAUGGAAUGGAACUAACACUACUUGGAGAAGCAACGUGUCGAAGAAUAACUUUGAUGAGAAUGAAACUUUAUCAGAUGCAUUCAUCAGUUUGCUCUCAAACACUUUCACAAAACAACAACAACCGGUCGUCUUACGUAAUGGUACACGUGACGAAAACUAUUCGGUGAUUGAGAAUGAUACAAGGUUGGUAAUGAGUUAUUCAGGAAGCAUACAAUAUUUUAGUUGGCCAAAAACAAAUAAGAAUUGGGUUCUUGAAUGGGAGGAACCCAAUAAUUGUAGUGCUUAUAAAGCGUGUGGGCCGUUCGGGAUAUGUAACGCAAAGAAUAACACACAACCAUGUAGUUGUCUGUCUGGUUUUGAACCUAUUUCAUCUGAUUAUUAUAAGGAUGGAUGCAGGAGAACCUCUGAAAUCUGUCAAACAAGUCCUAUAGACACCUUUAUAAAUAUAAGUAUGAUUAGUAUCGAUAAUACAAGUGUACCUUUCUAUCCAUCAAAGAACGAAUCAGAUUGCAUAAAAAAAUGCCUGGAAGACUGCAAGUGUCUGGCUUAUACUUAUAGAUCGCAAGAGGAAGGUAGUAAUGCUACACAAGGUUGCUGGUUCUGGAAUUCGACACUAUAUAAUCUUGAAAUGCAUGGUCGACAUAAUAUCUUCUUCCGUGUUUCUUAUUCAAAAGGAAAAUCAACAUCCCAUAAACGAGUCCCGACUGUUGCUGUUGUUAUUUCAGCUUUAGUACUUCUUUCAUCAUUUAGUGGAAUAAGCUAUUUUGCUUAUAUAAGAUUGGUGAAUACAAAUAGUAACAACAGACGUAACGCUGAAAGUAUGUCUAUUCCUAUACGGAAAUAUAUCAGAGAUGUAUUUCAACUAGAUGACUCUAGAGAAGAGAACACUGAAGGCAUUGAUGUACCAUAUUUUGAGUUGGAAACCUUAAUAGCUGCUACCAGUGACUUCUCAGAGGAAAAUCGGCUUGGACAAGGAGGUUUUGGACCGGUCUUUAAGGGUAAACUUCCUGGAGGCCAAGAAAUUGCUGUAAAAAGGUUGGCAAGCCUCUCUGGACAAGGAUUGCAAGAGUUCAAAAAUGAGAUAAUACUAAUUGCUAAACUUCAACAUCGGAAUCUCGUUAAGCUAAUAGGAUAUUCAAUCCGAGGAGAAGAGAAGAUGCUACUCUAUGAGUAUUUGCCAAAUAGAAGCUUAGAUCUUUUCAUAUUCGAUCAAACGUUGUGCAUAUCAUUGGACUGGGAAAUGAGAUUCAACAUAAUCAUGGGGAUUGCUAGAGGACUCAAUUAUCUCCAUCAUGAUUCUCGGCUGAGGAUUAUUCAUAGAGACUUGAAAACGAGUAACAUUUUAUUAGAUGAGGAUAUGAACCCAAAAAUUUCUGAUUUUGGUUUGGCUAAAAUAAUUAAAGGAAAAGAAAUUGAAGCUAUCACCAACAGAGUUGUUGGAACCUUUGGCUAUAUGUCUCCAGAGUACGCACUAGAUGGCCUAUUCUCUAUUAAGUCUGAUGUUUUUAGCUUUGGGGUAGUACUACUGGAAAUCCUUAGUGGUAAGAGAAACACGGGUUUCUAUCAAAUCGAGAAAAAUAUAAGUCUUCUAGGAUAUGCAUGGAAUUUAUGGACGGAAGACAAGCCAUUAGAAUUGAUCGAUCAUACACUAAUGAAAUCAUGCAAUUCAAGUGAGUUAUUAAAGUGCAUUACUAUUGGACUCUUGUGCGUACAACAAGACCCUGAUGAUCGUCCUACCAUGACAAAUGUUUUGGGUAUGCUUGGAGGUGAUAUCACCACCCUCCCAACUCCAAAAGAACCGGCGUUCAUUAUAAGAAGAGACCAAUUGCAAGCAAUUGAUUCCUCUUCUUCUAGUUCUUCCAAACCGAAUAUGCAAACCAAAAACAUGUUGACAAUCACCGAGUUAGAUCCACGCUAACAGGUAGUUAAAUUAGAUAUGAUUGUAAAUUGGAUCAAUUAAUUUGUUAGUAAUUUCUGUUUA